CUACGUCACCCAUUCAUUUCAACGAGUCGCGGUGAACUGACGUCACAAUAGCGUCGCGGCAGCAGCAGCAGCAGCACGCAGCUUCGCCAUUUUUCUCCUCCCCCUUAGCUUCUUUGUGCGCCGUUUUCUGCGUAGUUCCGUGUUUCAAUUUAAAAAAUAUUAUAUAAAAAAAAAAAGAUGCAGGGAAACCGAGCCCAGCAGAACCACGGCGGGUCCAACAACAACAACUCCAACAGGAAACACGGAGGCGGAGGUGGGGGUACGAACGGGCAGCAACCCGAGCCCAACCGGGCUAACGAGGCCCUAACCCUGGACCUGCAGGGCUUCAGGAAGCCCGGCGAGAAGACCUUCACGCAGCGGAGCCGGCUCUUCGUGGGCAACCUCCCGACCGGCGUCACGGAGGAAGACUUGGAGAAGCUGUUCGCCAAGUACGGCAAGGCCAACGAGAUCUUCAUCAACAAGGAGCGGGGCUUCGGCUUCAUUCGGCUCGAGACCCGAAUCAUCGCCGAGAUCGCCCGAGCCGAACUCGAUGACGCUCCGUUCCGCGGCAGACCCAUUCGCGUUCGAUUCGCUACGCACGGCGCCGCUUUGGCGGUUAAAAACCUGCCCGAUUUCGUGUCCAACGAGCUGCUGGAGGAGGCGUUUGCCGUGUUUGGGCAGAUCGAGAGAGCCGUGGUGAUCGUGGAUGAUCGAGGCAGACCCACGGGGAAGGGGAUAGUCGAGUAUACGUCCAAACCCGCCGCGCGGAAAGCGCUGGAUAAGUGCAGCGACGGCGCGUAUCUGCUGACCGCCUUCCCGCGGCCCAUCACCGUGGAGCCGAUGGAGCAGCUCGAUGAAGAGGAGGGUCUGUCUGAGAAGAUCAUCAACAAGAACCAGCAGUAUCACAAAGAGCGCGAGCAGGCCCCCCGGUUCGCCCAGCCGGGAUCCUUUGAGUACGAGUACGCGAUGCGCUGGAAGGCUCUGAUGGAGAUGGAGAAGCAGCAGUACGAGAUGGUCGACCGAAACAUGAAGGAGGCCCAGGAGAAGCUGGAGGCCGAGAUGGAGGCAGCCCGCCACGAGCACCAGGUGAUGCUGAUGCGCCAGGACCUGCUGCGGCGCCAGGAGGAGCUGCGCCGGAUGGAGGAGCAGCACAACGCGGAGGUGCAGAAGAGGAAGCAGGCGGAGCUCCGGCAGGAGGAGGAGCGCCGGCGCCGAGAGGAGGAGAUGGUCAAACGCCAGCAGGACGGCUUCCGGGGGGGCUUCCCCGACAGCAGGGAGCAGGAGAUCAGGAUGCACAUGGGCGGGAUGAACAGGAACUCUCUGGGGGCCGGCCCGGCCGGCGCCGCCGCCGAGAACGCCGGCAUGAUGCCGGGGGGGCCCGGUGGGAACAACGGCAACAUGCCAGGUGGGGGCGGGGGCCCCGGGGGCUUCGCCAGAGGCCUCCCCAACCCGGGAGACUACGGACCCAACAAGCAGCGCCGGUUCUGA